GUCUGGCUGAGAUGGUCACGUAUCUACCUAUUUCGUCGCCCUUCAUUCGUUUUGCCGGCCGAUACGUGGACGAUGCGUUUGGCGUGGCUGCUGGAUACAACUUCUUCAUCUUCGAAGCGGCCAUGGUACCGUUCGAAAUCACGGCAUGUAACAUAAUCAUCACAUAUUGGAGUGACGCGGUUCCCGUGGCGGCCAUCAUUGUCAUCAUCCUAAUACUUUUCGUGCUCCUCAACGUCUUCGCCGUGCAGUGGUAUGGUGAAUCAGAGUUCUGGCUGGCCCUCGGGAAAGUCUUUCUGAGUGUGGGGCUGAUGUUCUUCACCCUCGUCGUGAUGCUGGGAGGCAACCCAAUCGGCGAUCGGUUCGGGUUCCGAUACUGGAAGAACCCGGGCUCCUUCCAGGAGCACUACAAAACAGGCGACCUCGGCCGAUGGCUCGGUUUCCUGGCGUGUUUGAUCCAGGCCAGUUUCACGAUCGCCGGUCCGGACUAUGUCUCCAUGGCAGCCGGAGAGACAGUCAACCCUCGCCGCGAGCUGCCAAGGGCCUUCAACGGGGUGUUCUACCGGCUCACCACCUUCUUCGUCCUGGGCACACUAUGUAUCGGCAUCCUCGUGCCAUACGAUGACCCGACGCUGAAGAAUGCCUAUGAAGCCGACCUCCCCGGUGCGGCCGCGUCUCCCUAUGUGGUUGCCAUGGACCGGCUCCAGAUCGCCGUUCUCCCACACAUCGUCAACGCCAUGGUCCUCGGCGCGGCGUUCAGCGCAGGCAACAGCUACGUAUACUGCGCCAGUCGCAGUCUCUACGGACUGGCAUUGGAAGGGAAGGCCCCGCGGGUCUUUACAAAGUGCACCAAGUCCGGUGUUCCCAUCAACUGUGUCGGGGUCGUCCUCAUCAUCGCGCUCCUCGCCUUCCUGCAGGUUUCCAACAGCGCCUCGGUGGUCUUGCAGUGGUUUGUCAAUCUGGUAACCGCAUCCCAACUAAUCAACUUCUCGGCCGUCACCUUCACCUACACACGAUUCCGAAAAGCCUGCAUGGCCCAAGGCAUAUCUCGCGAAUCCCUCCCCUACCGGAGCCGAGGCCAGCCCUACGUGGCGUACGUCGCCAUGGUCUGCACGGGCGUGAUGGCCUUCGUGGGCGGAUACGAGGUCUUCCUCCCCGGGAACUGGGACAUCCCGACAUUCUUCUUCUCGUAUACGAUGAUCGGCGUGUUCCCGGUGCUUUACUUUGGGUGGAAGAUUAUCCACCGGACGGAGGUCCGGAAGCCUGAGGAGGUCGAUCUGGUGUCGGGGCUUGCGGAAGUGGAGGAGUAUACGAGGAAUUAUGUGCAUGUUCCGUCUAAGAAUCCCUUUGGGAGGUUUCUCGAUUUUGUUUUUGGCUAGUAUGCUUGGUUUUCUUACAGAAUGUCACAUAGUAUGUGCUGUUAAUAUACACGAAUGAGCAUAGACAAUGCAUUAUUUAUCAUAA